AUGCGUCAGAUUCUCCGACCGCUCAACCACAACGGCGCCCCAUGCGAAGGAGACUUGGCUCAGGUGGUGCCGUGCAAUACCCACCACUGCCCGGAGAACAACUGCAUCGACUGUCAGUGGGGCCCUUGGUCAGAGUGGGGCGACUGCUCGGAGUGCGCUGGGCAGAAGUACCGUCAGCGGACAAUCCAGCACCUCCAGAACGACUGUGGCCACAAGUGCGAUCCGGGCAUUGCGAAGGAGACAAUGAACUGCACGGGGACCUGCGACUCCGAGUACUACUGCCGCUGGGCAGACUGGUCAGACCUUGGAGAUUGCACCGCCACCUGCGGGACUGCCGUGAAGAUCUUGCAGAGACGGCUGGAAAUGACUGACGAGGCGCCACUCAGUGAUCAGGACUACAACAGCAGUGCUGGUGGAUUGUAUCUCUUCGCCGGAAGCCGGAACAUGGUCUGCUCCGGCGAGCAGACGGAAACCGUGGAGUGCGAUACUCCCAGCUGCAAUGAAGACUGCUACCCCAGAAACUGCAGAUUCGGCACCUGGGGACUAUGGUCUGAGCCGUCCUGCACCCAACUAUGCAACCGCCAUCGUGUCAUCGCCCGAAGGAGCAGCUGUGGUGGGAAUCCAUGUGAUGGCGCGCAGACAGAGACGAAGAUCUGCCCCCGCGCUCCCUGCGUUGAGGUGGUCGACUGCACCAUCUCAGACUGGGAUGACUGGAGCUUCUGCACCAAGGAGACCGGAUAUCAGCGGCUUCGCGCGCGAACCAUUCUUGCUCAAGCCCAGAAUGGAGGUGAAGCUUGCGGUACCACCUACCCAGCUCCUCCUUUGUCAUUGGAGGAGAUUGUGCCUUGUGAAGACUACCUGGCCUUGUCUGCAAGGGUAGACUGCGAGUUCAGCUCAUGGCGCGAAUGGACCGAGUGUACUGCACUUUGCAACGGUGGCUUGAAGCAUAGGAGUCGUGGGAUCGUGUCCCCACCUGCAGGGGGCGGCAAGCCUUGCGAGGGCAGCCUGGAGGAGCUCAUCCCAUGCAACAGGCAUCGCUGUGGUGCGGAGCAUGCAGCUAGGGACUGCGAGCUCUCUGCAUGGAGUGAGUGGAGCCACUGCGAUUCCCACGAUCAGCGGGAGCGGUACCGCAUCAUUGCAGAGGAGCCGGCAAAGGACGGCAAAGCAUGCCAUGGCAACUUGAAGGAGAUCAAGCCCUGCACGGUCGCUGUGAACUGCGUCCUCAGCCCGUGGACGGAGUGGGACAGUUGCGACAAGUCCUGUGACGGGGGCCAGAAGCAGCGACAGCGACAGGUCGAGGUGAAUCCAAAACACAGAGGGAAGCCGUGCAAACCUGGCUUGAUCGAAACAGCCGGAUGCAACCGUGAGCCAUGUUCGAACAGCAACGUCAACUGCAAGGUCAGCAUCUGGACGGUGUGGUCACCUUGCAGUGCAACUUGCGGACCUGGCUAUCAGGAGAGAUCUCGAACAAUCACCAGCAGGCUUAGCCAUUGCGGCACGGGAUGCGUCGGCAACCUCACCGAGGUCCAGCCGUGCAAGCUCGAACACUGCGGAGGCUGUGAUCCCUGUGUCUGGGGCGAGUGGAAGCAGUGGAGCGAGUGCACGCGGCACUGCGGUGGAGGUCAACGUCACCGAUUGCGCAACAUCUCCGCGUGGCCGUCUCCUGGCUGCGAGCCAUGCAAGCCGCUGGACAAGGCUUGGGUGGAGCCCUGCAACACCGAGCCAUGCCCAGAAGGAGAGAUUUGCGUGGAUGGCCUCUGGGCAGAGUGGAGGGACUGGGAGGCAUGCUCGACCUCCUGUGAGGGCGGAGUCCGCGCGCGAGGCCGCCACAUGCUUCGGAAGGCUACCGAGUGUGGCAGGAUGCCAGAUGGCGACUCCCACGAAGAGCAACCCUGCAACGAGGGUGUGCCCUGCAAAGACACCCAGGACUGCAUACUCUCGCAGUGGACGGAGUGGUCCGACUGCAGUGCCUCAUGCCACGGAGUCAAGAGAAGGAACCGCAAAGUCCUGCAACAUGGUUAUGGCGCAGGCAAGUACUGCAUUGGUGCCUUGGAGGAGGCGUUCCCUUGCGCGUUUGGAAUCUCCAGAAGUUUGGUCAACUGGGACAGCCCACACCUGUACCUGAAUCUGCAGAGCCUGGCUUCAAACAACCUGAACGGCAAAGGGCCGGACUUCCAGGCCGAGAGGUCUCUUCGAUACAAGGGCGCUGCAGCAGAUAACUCGCAGACCGUGGACCUGAGGGUGACAGUCAACGAGGAGAGCAACUACAACCCAGCGCAGGGCUCGAACUUCAACGGCUUGCAAGGGAACUUCGGCAACAUCUUCGUGGAGCGCAACUCCGAAGUCGUGCUGGAUUUCGAGCUGGUGGACACGGUCACCAGUGAUCCCAUGACGCCCGAAGACCUUGUCAUCAAGUUCUACGACGCGGACGGCGAAGGAGGGAGCACGCAUUACGAGAUCACGGCAGUGGAUGAGUGCGAGGAGUUCUACAACUCUCGCAACACCAAGUUUGAGCCCUGA